UAGCAACACUUCAUUACCAAAAAAAAAAAAAAAACAAGUUCUAAUAUUGUCGGUUUUUGAACAAGUCAACCUGCUCGUGUAGUUACUUUCGGUCGCUUCUCAUUUUAGCCAGCGACCGACUAAGUUUUAUUACUCUUCCCGGACAUGGGGAGAGCGCCUUGCUGUGAAAAGGUAGGGUUGAAGAGAGGGAGGUGGACGGCGGAAGAGGAUGAGCUACUGACCAAGUAUAUUCAAGCUAAUGGUGAAGGCUCUUGGAGAUCAUUGCCCAAGAAUGCAGGGUUACUGAGGUGUGGGAAGAGUUGCAGACUACGGUGGAUUAACUACUUGAGAGCUGACUUAAAAAGGGGAAACUUUACUUCCCAAGAGGAAGAACUCAUCCUUCAUUUGCAUGCUUCUUUGGGAAAAAGGUGGUCUUUAAUCGCCAGUACCUUACCCGGAAGAACAGACAACGAGAUAAAGAACUACUGGAACUCGCAUUUGAGUAGAAAAAUCCACAGCUUUCGAAGGCCAUUUAGCAACACAAUCCCUGUCGUCAUGGAAGUUAACAAGGCCGUCAUUGCCAAUCGUAAAGGAGGAAGAAACGGUAUACCCUCAAUCAAGAAACCUAUAGAAAACCCUCUUGUCAAUGAAAAGGUACCGUUUCCAUCCACUCCAGUAUUAGGAAAAGAAACCCUGCCCAUUAAUGCCGUGGAAGUCAAGGAAGGAACCAGCAUGGAGAAUUCAAUGGGGUGCCCUAGUGGUGGGAUUUUAGCACCACUUGAGAGCAUUGAAAGCAAUGGGAUGCCUUGGUUUGAUGAUAUAACGAACAGUGAAUUGCUACAGCCACAUGGGGAUUUGGAUUUUAGUGAAAUGGCAGCUAAUAAUAACGAGGAAAUAGUAAGUUGGAAUUGUAGUGGAGGACGAGGAGAUAGUGGGGAUGAUUGGGAGUGGGAAAGUGUUGUUAAUGGGAACGAGCCUUGGGACGAGGAGUUCAUGUGCUCUUGGCUAUGGGAAUCCAAUGACCACAUUGUCAAUGGAGAAACACAUAAAUUGAACCAUGACUUUUGACACUCAUACUUGGCUUUUCUCCUAAUACUCUCAUCAUAUACUCUCUCCUAAAUCUAUCGCUUAAAGAGAGUAUUAUUUUUCAUCCAAGCGACUUUAAAAAUAAUAGUGUUAACUUUCCUAGGAGUUUCAGUACAUGUGUAGGAUUAUGGAUUCUGUUGGAUUUUUUUGUCCAUUUGCUGUCAAUAUUUAUGUAGCUAGACAGUAGACAGUGUGAACGGGUUUGUUGUUUUUCAUUUUUCCUGUCAAUAUUUAUGUAGCUAGACAUUUAUUUUGACAGAGUAAUAAUAAAGCAAGUUUAAG